GGAAAGCCUACAUCCCGUGAAAUGUUAGAUUUAGGGUUAGGUUUGGGGGUAGGAUUAGCGAUAAAAAAACAGCGCUCAUACGGCCAAAAUUUACGAGAUUUUGUCCAUAGCUGUACCCCUUCUAGACACAACCGGAAAUUCAAUUAUUUGUCCCAUUAACCAUGUACAGUAGAUGGCGGUGAUGCUCUACCUAAGAUUGCCAACAAGCACAAAGAAGAAGAAGAUCAGAUCAAGCGGAUUAGCUAACAGUUUGAGGAAUAUAUCAUAGAAUAUAAAAAUUUUGCGGGGUUUUUCUUUCUUUCUUUUCUUUUUUGAAAUCUCUCGGCUGAAGAAAGGAGGCGACGUUAGGAGUUCAGGAGAUUCUCUUUGCCAGGACCACACCCCUAAAUGUAUUAAAGCAACUGCCAUGUGAUUGGAUGAUUAGAUAAUUGCAUUAAUGAGAAAUUGAACAUGUGCUCCUAAUAAUCCUUUAGAAGCUGUGUCUUCAAACAAACCAUUUUAGAUUCUCCUCUACGAUGACAUCAACUAAGGAAGAAGCCCCGCCCACAAUAUGUGACAUAUCUGUUCUGUUAGCAUAGAUACAACCCUGAGUGAGAAGCACAGAGUUCAUUAUUGUUGUAUCUUCCCCAUAGCAGCUGGAGUAUUACAAUGUCUGUGCCAGAGAGGAAUUACAGAUGUAAUUCUGGAUAUUCAACAAUGUUGAUUCUGGAAAAGGGGUCAAUACCGACGGUUCCUGCUCAAACCUUAAAAUCAGAACAAUUCCAGGAUGUAUCUGGUGUCUCUGUCUGUAGCUUCAAUGAUCAAACAUCUACAGAACUUCUGGUUUCUGUCUGUAAUGGAGAAGUACAAAAGACAUCAGUAAAUCUGCUGGACUGUGGGAUGGAGCUGAAACAAGAAAUCACAGAAGAAGGAGAACAGACAGAUAAAGGGGAUUUGAUUUAUCCUGAUCUGAUGAAGGAGGAAAGUUCACAGUCAAACGAAAUCGAGGAAAAACAAAAUCUUUUUAAACUUCAAGAAGAAGAAUCUCUAAGCCGCUUGAAGACCGAAACGAUUUUGUCAGACGAAGAUUCUUGUACGUGCUCUCGGUGUGGAAAAAUCUUCAAUCGUCAAUCCGAACUUAAUGCGCACAUGCAAAUUCACACUUGGAAAGACAGUUGUGAUCAGUGCGGAAAGACCUUUACGUGCAAGUCCAGCUUUAACACACACAUGCGAAUUCACAGUGGAGAAAAGCCCUACGGUUGUGACCAGUGUGAAAAGAGCUUCAAUCAUAAGGAUAGCCUUGAUGCACACAUGCGAUGUCACAGUGGAUUAAAACCUCACGUAUGUGACCAUUGCGGAAAGUCCUUCACUUAUAAGUCCGACCUUAAUGAUCACAUGAGGAUUCACACUGGAAAAGCGCCUUACGGUUGUGACCAGUGUAAGAAGAGCUUCACAUAUAAGCGCACGCUUAAUGCACACAUGCGAAUUCACACUGGAAUAAAACCUUACAGCUGUAACCAAUGUGAGAAGAGCUUCACUUAUAAGCGCACUCUCAACGUUCACAUGCAAAUUCACACGGGAAUAAAGCUUUACAGUUGUGACCAGUGUGAAAAGAGCUUCACUUUUGAGUACGACCUUGACGUGCACAGGAAAAUUCACGUUUACAGAUGCGAUGAGUGUGGAAAGACCUUCGUUAAUAUGUUCGACCUUACCGCGCACAGGAGAACUCAUGUUGUAGAAAGGCCUUACGCGUGCGACGAGUGCGGAAAGUGCUUCGUACGCAAGUUCAGCCUUAAUGCGCACAGGCGAUUUCACACUGGAAUAAAGCCGUACAGAUGUUACGAGUGCGGAAAGAGCUUCACUCGUAAGUUCAGCCUUGAUGCACACUUGCGGUUUCACACCGGAGUAAAGCCUUUUGUGUGUGACCAUUGCGGAAGGAGCUUCACUUUCCCAUCCGACCUUAACGUGCACAAGAGGAUUCACACCGGAGAAAAGCCGUACAGUUGUGACCAGUGCGGAAGGCGCUUCACACGUAAGUCCGGCCUUGAUUCGCACAUGCGAAUUCACUGUGAGGAAAAGCCUUACCAUUGUGACGAGUGUGGACAGAGCUUCACUAUUAAGUCGAGCCUUGCUAGGCACAGGCGAAUUCACACUGGAGAAUAGCAGAUUUCAUCUAUCUAUCCAUCAGUGAUGCGCGGGUUGAUCCAAAAUGGGUACCUGCGGUCACCUGCGGUCACCUGCGGUUACGAGUCAUCCAAAACAUAUUUUUAAUGAUAUUCGGGUCACAGUCGGUCAGGUGGUUUGAAAUAAAGAUGCCAAUUAAUUAUUUUGAACAAUUACUACUUUAAAAAAAUGUGGGCCAGGAAGCGGGUCGGGUACAAUAUUUAAAAAAAAUUGUGGUCCGAGUUGCAGCGGGUUAGUCGAAAAUGGCAUUCGGGUGCAGAUGUUUAUACAUUGACUAUAUUUAAAUAUGUUGAUUUAUCAUCUGACAACUGCCUGUAGCUGUAAAUCUUUCAUGUCAACCCAUUUUCACCAAAGUGCAUACACGCAGUGUGAUUAUCGUGCAGUGUAUACGCCAAAUUCCGCUUUUGCGUGCAUAUGAUACGCCAGUCCUUCCUGUUCACUUAUAUAGCACGUCGUGUCGUUUUAUUUAUUGGUUUCUCAUUUGUUUUCUGUUUUUUAAACCAUUUUCGCCUGGGUUUAGGGUUAGAUUUGGGUUUUGCUUUAGGAUGUAAUUUAAUAUAUAAGUUUCUCCAUGUUUUGUCUAUUUUUAAAUCAUGGUCGCUUGGAGCUGGGGUUAGAAUCGGGGUUUGUGUUAGGAUGUCAUUUGAUGUUACAAAAAGUUGUUCUUACCCAAAACCCAAGCGACAAUG